AUGGUUGUUACCAUUCUAGGUAUGGUUGUUGCAACAUUAGUGGAGAAAAAGUGGUCAAUACUUGCAGAGAAAGAGAAAGGAGGUUUGCAAGAAUUUUUCUAUGAUCAACUUCCAGAUUCAAUGGGAAGCUUAGGAACUGCGUUAUAUUUAAGUGUGAUUGGUGUUGGAAGGUUUAUAAGCAGUUAUCUGAUAACUGUUGUGGGCCAUGUUACUGAAAAAUUAGGAAAAGUUGGUUUGGAAAGGAUUUGA